AAGCUGGCAUUGGUUUGGAGUCCGGACGCAGAGCGGGCUUUCAUCGCCCAAAAAUCUCUUUCUCUCUCAACAAAUUGUCUCUUUCUCUCUCUAGAUUCUCUCUCCCUCAUUGCGAUCUCUCCCGCAGGUCGCUAUUUUUCUUCUGUUUUGAUCUCCGUUGCCAUUCUGCCUUUUUUCACAUGGGACUUCUCAUAAUUCCUCCUUUUCUCGUGGGCGCUUCUGCUGAUUUCAGGCUUUUCUGAGCUGCAACUUAUCAAAUCUAUGAUGUGCUAAGUUAAUUUUCUUCUGGGUUUGUCUAAUUUGGUCUUAACGGAAGAUUUUUCCCAUACGGGUUUCCUUUAGCAUUGGCAGUUGAGGGGGGAUUUGGUGGUUUUUUUAUGGUUUUAUGUCACCUGUAAUUAAUUUGAGCUGAAACCCUAAGAGAUGACACGGGGUAGGAUAAGGGCAAAGCUCAGGCAAAGCCAUCUUUAUACAUUCACAUGUUUCCGACAAGGUACUGCCGAUGCGGAGGCGCCGCAUUCAUUCGAUGGACCUGGAUUCUCACGAAUUGUGUAUUGUAACCAACCUCAAGUUCACAGCAAGAAGCCCUUGUAUUAUACCUCAAAUAAUAUAUCAACCACAAAAUAUAAUAUCAUUACCUUUCUGCCCAAGGCUAUCUUUGAGCAGUUUCGAAGGGUAGCCAAUUUGUACUUUCUUUUGGCUGCAAUUUUGUCGCUCACACCAGUUGCGCCGUUCUCUGCUGUGAGCAUGAUUGCUCCUCUGGCAUUUGUUGUUGGGCUUAGUAUGGCAAAGGAAGCCUUGGAAGAUUGGCGUAGGUUUAUUCAGGAUAUGAAGGUUAACACCCGGAAAGCUAGCAUUCAUAAAGGGAAUGGUGUAUUUGGUUUUAAGCCGUGGCAGAGGAUUCGUGUUGGGGAUGUGGUGAAAGUCGAGAAAGAUCAAUUUUUUCCUGCAGAUUUGCUUUUGUUGUCAUCGAGUUAUGAUGAUGGGAUUUGCUAUGUGGAGACCAUGAACCUGGAUGGCGAGACAAACUUGAAGGUAAAGAGGUCUUUGGAGGUUACUUUGCCAUUGGACGAUGAUGGGACUUUCAAUGAUUUCAGAGCAACGAUAAAAUGUGAAGAUCCUAACCCAAGCCUCUACACCUUUGUUGGCAAUUUUGAGUAUGAGCGUCAGGUUUAUCCUCUUGAUCCUAGUCAGAUCCUCCUCAGAGAUUCAAAGCUCCGGAACACAGCAUUUGUGUAUGGAGUGGUGAUAUUUACUGGUCAUGAUAGCAAAGUCAUGCAGAAUGCAACACAGUCCCCUUCAAAAAGGAGCAGAAUAGAAAGAAAAAUGGAUCAAAUCAUUUACAUUCUUUUCACCCUCCUUGUGGUGAUCUCAUUGAUCAGCUCUAUUGGAUUUGCUGUAAAGACAAAGUACCAAAUGCCCGACUGGUGGUACUUACAGCCCAAUAAUACCACAAACCUUUACAAUCCCAAGAAGCCAGCAUUGUCAGGAAUUUUCCAUCUUGUCACUGCUCUUAUACUUUACGGGUAUUUAAUACCCAUCUCACUCUAUGUUUCAAUUGAAGUCGUGAAGGUCCUGCAAGCAACAUUCAUUAACCAGGACAUACACAUGUAUGAUGAGGAAACUGGGAAUACUGCCCAAGCACGGACAUCAAAUUUGAAUGAGGAGCUAGGCCAGGUCGACACAAUCCUUUCUGAUAAAACUGGCACUCUGACAUGCAAUCAGAUGGAUUUUCUCAAGUGUUCGAUUGCUGGUUCUGCGUAUGGUUCUGGUUCUAGUGAAGUUGAACUUGCUGCUGCAAAGCAGAUGGCUAUUGACCUUGAGGAGCAGGGAAAUGAACUUUCCAAUUUUCCCAUGCAUAAAAACAGUACUGGUGAUUCAUGGAAUAAUACAAGUGCUUUAGGAGCAACAGAAAUUGAACUGGAGACUGUCGUGACUUCCAAAGAUGAGAAGGAACAUAAACAUGUGAUCAAGGGGUUUAGCUUCGAGGACAUCCGUCUCAUGGGAGGAAAUUGGUCAAAAGAGCCCAAUGCAGAUGUCAUUGAAUUAUUUCUUCGGAUACUUGCAGUUUGUCAUACUGCAAUUCCUGAGCGAAAUGAAGAGAUUGGGGGCUUUAAUUAUGAAGCAGAGUCACCAGAUGAAGGAAGUUUUCUUGUUGCAGCUCGAGAAUUUGGUUUUGAGUUUUGUAAAAGAACGCACACAAGUGUACAUGUUCGUGAAAGAUAUGUUUCUUCUGGACAACCAGUCGAAAGGGAAUACCAAAUUCUCAAUCUGUUGGAGUUCACUAGCAAAAGAAAACGAAUGUCUGUGAUUGUGCGGGAUGAGGAUGGGCAGAUUUUUCUCCUUUGCAAGGGUGCAGACAGCAUCAUCUUUGAUCGUUUGGCAAAGAAUGGAAGGAUGUAUGAGGAAGCUACUACUAGGCAUCUGAAUGAAUAUGGAGAAUCUGGGUUGCGAACAUUGGCGCUUGCUUACAAAAAGCUUGAAGAGUCUGAGUAUUCUGCUUGGAAUAGUGAAUUUAUGAAAGCGAAAACUUCUAUCGGGCCUGAUAGAGAUGCAAUGCUUGAAAGGGUAUCAGAUGCGAUGGAAAGGGAGUUGAUCCUUGUUGGUGCAACAGCUGUAGAGGACAAAUUGCAAAAAGGGGUGCCUCAGUGCAUAGAUAAACUGGCACAAGCAGGUCUCAAGCUCUGGGUUCUAACAGGGGAUAAGAUGGAAACUGCUAUCAACAUAGGAUUUGCAUGUAGUUUGCUUCGACAGGGCAUGAAGCAGAUCUGCAUAACUGUGAAUCCAGAUGUGCAAACCCAAGAUGGCAAAGAGAAUUUGUUGUUGUUUACUACUGAUCAGGCUGUCAAAGAGAACAUUUUGAUGCAAAUUACCAAUAACUCUCAAAUGAUCAAGCUAGAAAAAGAUCCGCAUGCUGCUUUUGCGUUAAUUAUUGAUGGGAAAACUCUAGAACAUGCUCUAGCAGAUGAUAUGAAGCAUCAAUUCCUGGGGCUAGCAGUUGACUGUGCAUCUGUCAUAUGCUGUCGAGUAUCUCCUAAGCAAAAGGCAUUGGUAACGAGAUUAGUAAAAGAAGGAACUGGAAAAACAACUUUAGCAAUUGGUGAUGGUGCGAAUGACGUUGGAAUGAUUCAAGAAGCUGACAUUGGUGUUGGCAUCAGUGGGGUGGAAGGUAUGCAGGCUGUGAUGGCCAGUGACUUCUCUAUAGCUCAGUUCCGCUUUUUGGAGAGACUUCUGGUUGUCCAUGGCCAUUGGUGUUACAAGAGGAUUGCUCAGAUGAUAUGCUAUUUCUUCUACAAAAAUAUAGCUUUUGGCCUCACUCUCUUCUACUUUGAGGCAUUCACAGGAUUUUCUGGGCAAUCAGUCUAUGAUGAUUGGUACAUGCUACUAUUCAAUGUUAUCCUUACCUCAUUGCCUGUCAUUUCUCUAGGGGUUUUUGAACAAGACGUUUCUUCUGAAGUUUGUUUACAGUUUCCAGCACUGUAUCAACAAGGACCCAGAAACUUGUUCUUCGACUGGUAUAGGAUAUUUGGGUGGAUGGGAAAUGGUCUCUACACCUCCCUCAUCAUUUUCUUCCUGAACAUUAUCAUCUUCUAUGACCAGGCCUUCCGCUCUGCUGGCCAAACUGCUGAUAUGUCUGCAGUAGGCACCACAAUGUUCACUUGUAUCAUAUGCGCUGUCAACUGUCAGAUUGCCCUCACAAUGAGCCACUUCACAUGGAUCCAACAUCUCUUUGUCUGGGGCAGCAUCACCACUUGGUACAUCUUUCUCCUACUCUAUGGCAUGACAUCUCCAUUAUUUUCUGGGACUGCGUACCAAAUCCUCGUAGAAGCUCUUGCACCUGCACCAAUGUACUGGUGUGCCACUCUCUUAGUAAUAGUCACCUGCAAUCUCCCUUACCUAGUCCACAUAUCCUUCCAAAGAUCUUUCAACCCCAUGGAUCACCAUAUCAUCCAAGAGAUCAAGUACUACAGGAAAGACGUCGAGGAUCAAUACAUGUGGACUAGGGAGCGGUCUAAAGCCAGACAGGAGACCAAGAUCGGAUUCUCAGCAAGAGUCGACGCAAAGAUCAGGCAGUUGAGGGGGAAGCUGCAAAAGAAGCAAUCACCCACAGCCACAAAUGUUCAGACACCCUUGUCAUAGCAUAUUGUUCAUGAUUCUUCCUUUUUUUUUUAAUAUUUUGCUAGGGUUUGAGGCCUUCUGCAGUUUUUGUUCUCCAUUUUUUUUUUCUUCACUCUGUGGCCCUUUUGUGAUUCAUUUCCUAGUAUAUUUUUUUCCUUCUGUGUAGUGGGGUUUGUUGUAGUCCCCCAUUCAUUACACUAGGCUUUUGAAGCUGAUGUAUGUACAAUAUUUAUAAGAAGCUUUGAUGAGAGUUACAGCUUGUGAAAGAUCAUCAAUAUCAUGAUAUUACCUACAUUUCUCUAUA